CCUAAAGCAAGACUAGGGUGAGGCCCCAUUAAGAAGACGGGAUGGGAUAGGAUAAAGCCAGAGGAUCAGGUUCGGAUUUCAUUUUUAGGGUGAAAAGCACGACGGGAGGGCAUCAUUCACAAGGGAAAGGAAGAAGCAAUACUCGCGGCGAAAAGAGGCAUUCUUCUUCCGAGUUAGAAAUGGCGACGCCGGUGAAAGUGUACGGACCAACACUGUCCACCGCUGUGUCAAGGGUUUUGGCGUGUCUCAUUGAGAAGGAUGUCCGAUUCCAGCUUAUUCCUCUAAACAUGUCCAAAGGGGAGCACAAGAAGCCCGAUUUCCUCAAGAUUCAUCCCUUUGGUCAAGUACCAGCAUUUGAAGACGAUAGCAUCUCCCUCUUCGAGUCGAGAGCGAUAUGCCGAUACAUUUGCGAGAAGCAUCCGGAGAAAGGGAACAGGGCAUUGUACGGCACGAACCCGCUGGCGAAGGCGUCCAUAGAUCAGUGGUUAGAGGCGGAAGGGCAGAAUUUCAACCCUCCCACCUCAGUUCUGGUGUUUCAGCUCGCGUUUGCUCCUAGAAUGAAGAUAAAACAGGACGAGGGAGCCAUCAAUCUGAACGGAGAAAAACUGGCCAAAGUGCUCGAUGUGUACGAAAGGAGGCUUGGGGAGAGUCGUUUCUUGGCGGGGGAUGAAUUUUCUCUGGCGGACCUCUCUCACCUUCCCAACACGCAAUACUUGAUGAGCACUAGCAAAAGCGAAAUGUUCACUUCCAGGACGCAUGUAUCCAGGUGGUGGUCUGAGAUCUCCGCUCGAGAUUCUUGGAAGCAGGUGGUUAAUAUGCAAGCAACCAGAAAUUGAUGCUCAUCUGAUAUGCUUUCUGUUUGUUUUUUUUUUCCAGCAACCGGGGCUUGCUUUGCCUGAAUUCUCAAUCAUGUUGUUUGCUUAAGAUGACCAUAAAUUUCAUUCUACAUGGCGUGACGAGUUAUGGAAUCUGUUUGCUGUGGAAUUGAAGCAUCGCUUCUAAAUCUAAUCAUAAUCUGAAUCUGAAUGCUAUGCAUCUGCCGUCUUUCCUCU